AGUUGUAUCCCAGUCGGACGUGUUACAGAGAAACCACCGUGAUAGCAACUCGCAGCACAAGUUGUUAGUGUUCUAUCCUCGGCCGUUUAAACCCUCUCCGGUAUGAUUAUUAUUGUUUUUUUAUUCGGCAAGUUUUAAGCUCGUUCAGUGCCGGAUCCCACCUGCUCGACAACAGUUGUUUCAGCAGCAGUACAGUAGAAUUUUGUUCCGUGCAAAAUGUUAGCCGAGUGCUGAAAAGUCUUUGACAGCAGCCCAUUCAAUUUACAUGUGUCCACAGCAGCAAAAGCUCACCUCGGAUUCGGGAUCCAUUGAGAGUCAUUCCUAGCAGACAGCAUGGAGCUGCAGGCGGUGUUGAUGGCGGCCGGCGGGGGGUCACGGAUGACCGACCUGACGUACAACACACCCAAAGCAAUGCUGUCGGUUGGCAACAGGCCGCUGAUUUGGUAUCCUCUGAACCUGCUGGAGCGGGUCGGCUUCGACGAGGUAAUCGUGAUCACCACCAAGGGGGUCCAGAAGAUGAUGAGCGCAGACCUCAAACUGAAGAAGGAUGUGAAGAUGAAACUCGACUUCGUUUGCAUCCCAGAAGACACGGACAUGGACACGGCCGACGCUCUUCGGCACAUCCAUCCGAAGAUUAAGACGGACAUCCUGGUGUUGAGUUGUGACUUGAUAACAGACGUGUCACUGCAUGAUGUGGUUGAUAUGUUUCGGGCCCAUGAUGCAACACUGGCAAUGCUAAUGAGCAAAGCCCACGAAUUCACAGAGACCGUCCCAGGCCAAAAGGGCAAGAAGAAAACCGCUGAGCAACGAGAUUUUGUAGGCUUGGACCAAUCAGGGAAAAGGAUCUUGUUCAUGGCCAACGAGGUGGAUUUGGAGAAUGGGUUAUCAAUUAGGAAGUCAAUCUUGACCAAACAUCCAAGGAUAUUCAUCAAAACAGGCUUGGUGGACGCUCACCUUUACUGCAUGAAAAAAGAAGUGGUGGAAUUUCUGAUGGACAACAAAUCCAUUUCAUCAGUCCGUGGUGACCUAGUGCCGUAUUUGAUGCGCAAGCAGUUUUCCAAAACACGGACCUGUCCAAAACUUAAUGAUGACGCCGAUGAGCAGAGUCAGAAGAGGAGUGACAGCUCUACAAACAAUGAGCUUCUCAUAUCAUCACCCGACGAUCCUCUCCUCCAGCUGGCCCAGGAGCUCUCAUGCUGGAACGACCAUCACGGAGACAUGAGCGAGGCGUACCACGGCGGAAAGCUCCGCUGCUACGUACACAUCAUGGACCAGGGCCUCUGCUUCCGCGUCAACACGCUCGCCGCUUACAUGGAGGUGAACCGCCUGGUUCCCAAGCUUUUGUUUGAAGAACCGGCAGUCCACCCAUCUGCCGUCAUUUCAGAGAGAUGUCAGAUGGGAUCUGACAGCAUGAUUGGGGCCCAGUGUCAGAUUGCGGAUAAGACUUCAAUAAAGAGGUCCACCAUCGGAAGCUCCACCACUAUUAAGGAGAAGGUCAGGGUGACGAACUCCAUCAUCAUGCAAGGGGUUACCAUCGAAGAGGGGUGCAACGUCCAGGGCAGCGUGAUCUGCAGCAACGUCGUCAUCGGCCGAGGCUCGUACCUCAAAUACUGCCUGGUGGGAAGCGGACAGCGGAUCGAACCGGCGGCUGAUAAGACCAACGAGGUCAUCGUUGGGACAGACCAAAUGAUGGAGAUCUAAGCGGCCUCACCUGAUCCACCAGGACCUGGAUAAUACUUGGUGACACACUUUCCGCAGUCCUUUUCCUAAAUUGUGUUUCAAUAAAAAGUCCAAUCCA